AUGGCAACUGAACCCAUCAUGAUGGCACCCAUUUGUCUAGUGGAAAACCAGGAAGAGCAGCUGAACCUGAAUCCAGAAGCAUUACAGAUUCUUAGUAAGAUUUCUCAGCCUGUGGUGGUGGUGGGCAUUGUAGGGCUGUAUCGGACUGGAAAAUCCUACCUGAUGAACUGCCUGGCAGGACAGAACCAUGGCUUCCCCCUGGGUUCCACAGUGAGGUCUACAACCAAGGGUAUUUGGAUGUGGUGUGUACCCCACCCCUCUAAGCUGAACCACACCCUGGUCCUUCUGGACACUGAGGGUCUAAGUAACUUGGAAAAGGAAGACCCUAAGAAUGACUCAUGGAUCUUUGCCCUGACUGUGCUUCUGAGCAGCACCUUGAUCUACAACAGCAUGGGCACCAUCAACAGCCAGGCCCUGGAGCAGCUGCACUAUAUGACUGAACUAACGCAGCUGGUCAGGGAAAAGUCCUCCUCAGACUACACUGGGGUAGAGGACUCUGCCAAGUUUGUGAGUUUCUUUCCAGACUUUAUUUGGGCUUUACGAGAUUUCACAUUGGAGAUGAAGAUAAAUGGAUACUCCGUAACUGAAGAUGAGUACCUGGAGGAUGCCUUGAAGCUGCUUCCAGGCACAAAUCCCAAAAUCCAAAAUUCCAACAUGUCCAGAGAGUGUAUCAGACAGUUCUUUCCAAAACGGAAGUGCUUCAUCUUUGACCGGCCUACAAAUGACAAAAAUCUCUUAGCCCAUAUUGAGAACGUGCCAGAAGACCAGCUGGACAGUAGUUUCCGGGAACAAUCAAACAAAUUCCGUACCUAUGUUUUCACUCAUACAAAGACCAAGACCCUACGAGAGGGAAUCAUUGUCACUGGGAACCGGCUGGAGACUCUGUUGAAAGCCUAUGUGGUUGCCAUCAAGACGGGAGAAGUUCCUUGCUUGGAGAAUGUGGUGACAGCUCUUGCCCAGCGUGAGAACUCAGUGGCCGUGCAGAAGGCAGCCGACCACUACAGCGAGCAGAUGGCCCAACGAGUGAGCUUCCCCACAGACACGCUCCAGGAGCUGCUGGAUGUGCAUACAGACUGCGAGAGGGAAGCCAUUGCAGUCUUCAUGGAGCAUUCCUUUAAGGAUGACAAGCAGGAGUUCCAGAAAAAUCUCAUGGACAUGAUAGAAAAAAAGAAGAAAGAUUUCUUGCUGCAGAAUGAAUACACAUCUGUUAAAUAUUCCCAGGCAAAGCUUCAGCAACUUACAGAGCCCCUGAUGAAAAGCAUCUCAACAGGAACUUUCUGUGUUCCUGGAGGACACAGUCUCUACUUAGAAGCAAAGAAUAAGGUUGAAUGGGACUAUAACCUAGUGCCCAGGAAAGGGGUUAAGGCAAAUGAAGUUCUCCAGCACUUCUUACAGUCCCAAGUGGCAAUAGAGAAAUCCAUCCUGCAGGGAGACAAAGCCCUCACCUGUCAAGAGAAGGCGCUCGCAGCUGAGCGGGCUAAGAAGGAGGCAGCUGAGAAGGAGCAGGAGCUGCUAACUCAGAAACACAAGGAGCAGCUGCAAAAAAUGGAGGCUCAAGAGAGAGGCUUCAGGGAAAACAUAGCCCAACUGAGAGAGAAGUUGGAGAAGGAAAGAGAAAGUCUUCAGAGAGAACAGGAAAAAAUGCUGAUGCACAAGCUGAAGGUCCAAGAAGAACUUCGUAAUGAGGGAUUUGAAAAGAAAUCUGAGAAGUUGCGUAGAGAGAUACAGCUACUAAAAAAAGAGAUUGUGGCAAACAAAGAUAAAUAUUUGUUGGGUCAGUGGAUUAUUGAUGUGACUGAUGGAGUAUUCAGUAAAGAAACGCCGGAUCAUACUGAGCGGGCUAAGAAGCAGGCAACUGAGAAGGAGCAGGAGCUGCUAACUCAGAAACACAAAGAGCAGCCACAAAAAAUGGAGUCUCAAGAGAGAAGCUUCAGGGAAAACAUACCCCAAAUGAGAGAGAAGUUGGAGAAGGAAAUAGAAAGCCUUCUGAGAGAGCAGGAAAAAGUGCUGAUGCACAAGCUGAAGAUACUAGAAGCUUCCGGUUUCCAGCGACAAAAAGCACAGAUUCCCUGA